AUGGAAAAUACAGAAUUCUUCCAGGGAGGUUACUGUAAUCCUCAAUUGACGACGGAAAAACGUCUUUCCGACGUGAAAAAUGGUGAUCAUUUCAUCAUUGAGGACCUUUUAGACUUCCCGAAUGAGGAUGGAAUGGUAACGGAUGGGCCAUUCGAGGCAGUGAUGACCGGAAUCUCGACCGACUCCUCCACUGUCACGGUGGUAGACACCUCAUGCAAUUCAUCCUUCUCUGGAAGAAGAGCUGACACUCAUUUCGCCGGUGAUAAUAUUGGUGGCUGCCGGAGUUUCGCCGAUGGCCAGUUCUCCAGUGAACUUUACGUGCCGUAUGAUGAUUUGGCUGAAUUGGAAUGGCUAUCGAAUUUUGUGGAGGAAUCAUUUUCCAGUGAAGAUUUGCAGAAACUGCAGCUGAUACAAGGAAUGGAGGCCCCUGCUGAUGAAGUUUCAGGAACUCACCCAUACCAAUGCCAGCCGGAAACCACCAGAAAUGCCAGAAUGCUCGGCCCCGAUAUGUCGGUCCCGGCCAAGGCACGCAGCAAGCGGUCACGCACCGCCCCUGGAAACUGGACAUCCCGUCUCUCUGUGGUGUCCCCAACCCCGCCCGCAGUCAAAACGCCGCCUGCAGUCUCAUCCUCAUCGGAGUCUGACGUAGUCCCAAGCUCCGGGAAGAAGCUUGUGAAAGUGCCGCAAAAGAAGGAGGGUUCAGAUAAUGCAGCCACCAUGAAUGGGGGCGAGGGGCGGAAGUGCCUGCACUGUGCGACGGAUAAGACGCCCCAAUGGCGUACAGGGCCCAUGGGGCCUAAAACACUUUGUAAUGCAUGUGGUGUGCGUUACAAGUCAGGUCGACUCGUUCCCGAGUACAGGCCGGCAGCAAGCCCGACUUUCAUGCUUACUAAACAUUCCAAUUCUCACAGGAAAGUUUUAGAACUGCGUCGACAAAAGGAGAUGGUUAGAGCCCAGCAGCAACAAUUUCUUCAUCCGAACACGAUGUUCGAUGUAUCUAAUGGCGAUGAUUACUUGAUUCAUCAACAUAUCGGGCCUGAUUUUCGGCAGCUUAUUUAG